CCUGUGGUUCUUAGAGAGUCAGUUAGUCACUGGUUUGGGUAGGUCUACGUGGUGAGGAGUGGGACAUUGUCGUGCACCUAAACACCAUGGACGACUACCCCAUGUACAGUUUGCUUGUGGGGUUCUCCCUCUGGGGGACCCUUUGGCGUUUCAUUUUCCCAUUGGGAUUCUGGAACACAUUUUCGUGUAGGGUAGAGACCAAGGGUGGUACAACCACCCACCCCGACAUACCUGAAGAAGAGGCCAAGGCCGCCGCGAUCCUGAAGGGGAGGAGAGAGAAGAAGAAGGCCAAGAAGAAGGCCUUGUUGGAGGCGCAGGCGGCGAAGUUGAAGAAGAUUGGGGAGGAGAUGACCAAAGAGAAGGAGAGGUUAAAGAAAGAAGAAGAAGCGAAGUUAAAGGAAGUUGAAGAGGAAGAAGAAGAAGUAGAAGAGGAGCCAGUGGAGAGAGGAAGAAGAGGGAACAAAGGAGAGUCAAGUGAGACGAAGGAAGAUCUAAUGGAGAAGAAGAUCUCGGAGUGGGUCGCAAGACUAACCUUGGGAGAAGAUGAGGAGGCGUUAAUGAAAGAGACCAUCUGGAAGUGGGACAAGGACUGCACAUCUGCUAUGAAGAAGUUCAAGCAGGCAUUGAUAGAGUAUCCAGUCCUUAAGGUGGUCGAUCCGUCCUUACCCUUUGUCGUCACUACAGACGCUAGUCAGUACGGCAUUGGUGCUCUUUUGCAGCAAGACGAUGGCAAUGGUUAUAGGCCCGUAGAGUUCAUGUCUGCUAGGAUGCCUUCAGAGAAGGUUGCGACAUCUACCUAUGAGAGGGAACUCUACGCUCUCAGGCAAGCGCUAGAACACGGGAAGCACUACUUGCUUGGGAGGCAUUUCAAAGUCUAUUUUGACCACGAAACAUUGCCAUGGUUAAAGACGCAGACUGAGAUGACACCUAAGCUUACUAAGUGGGCCAUAGAAAUAGACCAGUACGAUUUUGAGCUCAAGCUAGUUAAGGAUAAAUAUAAUGCAGUUGCGAACGCUCUGCGUAGGAGAGCUGACCACUUUGGAGCGAUAAUUCACUAUUUGGAUAUAGGGAAAGACCUGCAGGAAAGAGUUAAAGUAGCAUAUGCGCAGGACCCUAUCUAUAGUGACCUCCUCAAGCGAGUAAAGGAGGCCCUAGAGACCGAGCCAGAUUACCGCACUACUGACGGACUGUUAUUUGAGAAGACUAACGUAGUUGACCGUCUGUGUAUUCCCAAUAGUGAGGAGAUCCGUAGUCUGAUCUUAGGAGAAUGUCAUGACACAGAGGGUCAUUUUGGUUGGCAAAAGACUCUAGCCAAUCUAAUGCACGCGUACACCUGGCCAGGAAUAAAGAAUGACUGCAUAGAGUAUGUCCGCAGUUGUAAAGUUUGCCAGCGGAAUAAGACUACUACGCGUGCUCCGCUAGGUCUUCUCAGACCCUUGCCUAUUCCUGACCAGCCCGGGGAUUCAGUGUCCAUCGACUUCAUGGACGCGGGCGUUAAGAGUAGGCAUGACAAGAGCCAAGUCAUGGUGAUAGUCGGUAGAUUUAGCAAGUAUGUUGUUUUUAUACCUUUGCCUUCAGAGGCACGAACCGAGUUAGUGAUCCGUAAGUUUUUUCAUCAUUGGGUCUGUGAACACGGGGUCCCAUUAUCCAUAGUUAGUGAUAGAGACACCCGGUUCACGAGUCAGAACUGGCAGGAGUUGAUGAGAGUCUAUGACUCUAAGUUGUUAAUGUCGUCUGGCCGUCAUCCCGAGACCAACGGUCAGACUGAACAGAUGAGUAAGAUCCUGCAGCAAGUUCUGAGAAUGUACAUUAGACCAGAUCAAGUUGACUAGGACGAGAUGCUCCCAAAGGCAGCCUGUGCCAAUAACAAUAGUGUGCAUCUGUCUACAUGCCGCACUCCCAAUGAACUGCAUAAGUCCUU